AUGGGUUGUAGAAAAAGACAUACAGGAAUGGAAUGGUUCUUGAUUUGUCCUGUAUUGACCUUCAUCUAUAAAUAUGUGCUGUUAAUUUUCUUAAUAUUCCUGCCUCCCUGCAGUCUUCUAAUGAAGCAAAAGAAAUUUCUCUACCAUUUCAAGAACAUGAGAUGGGCUAAAGGCCGUCAUGAAACUUAUCUUUGUUAUGUAGUAAAACAGCGGAAUAGUGCCACAUCCUGCUCCCUGGAUUUUGGAUAUCUGCGUAAUAAGUCAGGUUGCCAUGUUGAAGUUCUCUUCCUACGUUACAUUUCCACUUGGGAUCUGGAUCCAAGACACUGCUAUCGUAUCACUUGGUUCACCUCCUGGAGCCCAUGUUAUGAUUGUGCCCGGCAUGUGGCUGACUUUUUGUGUGCAUAUCCUAAUCUGACACUGCGCAUUUUUGCUGCCCGUUUGUACUUCUGUGAGGAGCGGAAUGCUGAGCCUGAAGGCUUGAGACGUCUACAUCGUGCAGGAGCUCAGAUUGCCAUCAUGACCUUCAAAGACUAUUUUUACUGCUGGAACACCUUUGUGGAAAACCGCAAAAAAACCUUCAAAGCUUGGGAAGGGCUUCAUGAAAAUUCUGUGCGUCUUACCAGACAACUCCAGCGUAUCCUUUUGCCUCUUUAUGAAAUUGAUGACCUGCGAGAUGCUUUCCAAAUCCUCGGACUUUAA